CCAGGGCGCCGCGCAGUCAGCCGACGCGCCUCUCUAUGGCAGUUUGGUCCUCCAGGGCGCCGCGCAGUCAGCCGACGCGCCUCUCUAUGGCAGUUUGGUCCUCCAGGGCGCCGCGCAGUCAGCCGACGCGCCUCUCUAUGGCAGUUUGGUCCUCCAGGGCGCCGCGCAGUCAGCCGACGCGCCUCUCUAUGGCAGUUUGGUCCUCCAGGGCGCCGCGCAGUCAGCCGACGCGCCUCUCUAUGGCAGUUUGGUCCUCCAGGGCGCCGCGCAGUCAGCCGACGCGCCUCUCUAUGGCAGUUUGGUCCUCCAGGGCGCCGCGCAGUCAGCCGACGCGCCUCUCUAUGGCAGUUUGGUCCUCCAGGGCGCCGCGCAGUCAGCCGACGCGCCUCUCUAUGGCAGUUUGGUCCUCCAGGGCGCCGCGCAGUCAGCCGACGCGCCUCUCUAUGGCAGUUUGGUCCUCCAGGGCGCCGCGCAGUCAGCCGACGCGCCUCUCUAUGGCAGUUUGGUCCUCCAGGGCGCCGCGCAGUCAGCCGACGCGCCUCUCUAUGGCAGUUUGGUCCUCCAGGGCGCCGCUCAGUCAGCCGAAGCGCCUCUCUAUGGCAGUUUGGUCCUCCAGGGCGCCGCGCAGUCAGCCGAAGCGCCUCUCUAUGGCAGUUUGGUCCUCCAGGAGCCCGGAAGUGCCCGCUCAGUCCUCCCACGCGUGUCUCUAUAGCACUUUAGUCCUCCAGGAACCCUCUCAGUCCUCCCACGCGCCUCUCUAUGGCACUUUAGUCCUCCAGGACGCCCCUCAGUCAGCCGACAUGCCUCUCCAUGGCACUUUAGUCCUCCAGGGAGCCCCUCAGUCCACCGACGCGCCUCUCUAUGGCACUUUAGUCCUCCAGGGAGCCGCUCAGUCAGCCGACCCGCCUCUCUAUGGCACUUUAGUCCUCCAGGAUCCAGGAACUGCUCAUCAGUCUUCUGGAAAUCACCUGCUUCCAGCACUCUUCUAAAACCAUAAAACACGAUUACCAAUUAACCACCAAAAUAUCUGAAGAUCGCAAAAAUAAAGUGAUGCCUGCAGUACUCUCUUCUUUACAGCAACAAGUAGACAGAACUCAAACAAAAGCGAUGCAGAGGGACAAGAUGUGCACCAAAGAGUCAUGGAGAAGGCAAGUGGGACCCUGUAAGAAGGUGCAGGACGCAGGCUCAGAGGGACUAAGCUGCAUGCUGAUGAGCAUGCUGAGAAGGUGCCCUGUGAGCCAUCUUUGGAAGUGGAUGAGCAUUAGAGGUGAGCCGAGGCAGCAGUGAGGAGGAGCUUGUGGCUGGUGAUUUCUCACAUGUGCAACAGUAAUUUUGUUUCUUGGUAUCUCAAGCAAUGAUGGCCACAGCAUUUGACUCUGGAAGGAGCAGGGAGCAGGUACACUGCAUUUUGAGGAAUUCACAACUUUACGGAAGAGGGCGCUGUUUUUUU